GGUAAAAUGGGCAUGCUAUGUCCCCUUUAAGAACGAGGAUACUCAUUACUAUACGCAGACUAGUUGUCUGCAGCAACACCCGUCUCAAAGACAGAAGAAGGGAGAGGCAGGGUCAUACUUCACUGACCUCCAGAGAGCAACCAUUUCCAGGCUGUCUUGUUUGGCACCGUAGUUCUCCUCAUGGGUAUCAUCAGUUCCUGGUGGGACCCAUGCCAUCCCGAGGCCACUCACAAGACACACUUGUAAACUUGAAAUUCCCUGUUGGUUUCUUUUCCAAUCACAUUGCUCACAGCAUCGACAUCCCUCUAGGGACAUUGCUGCCGAAGUCACUCUCUGAACCCCGGGAAGAGGCUACCGUAAAAUGCAUCCAAAGCUUGUUAGCAGCUUGCACCAAAGAAGCCAACACUCUUGAGCCUUUAGAGAACUUUCUUACAUCCAAGUGAAAAACAGGUUCUAUUGUCAACUCGUUGUCUUUGCUUUUGAGUAUCUUGAAAAUGCUACCAUUUUCCCUACACUCCUAUACUUGACUUUAGAAAUGACUAUCAUUUGGUUAAAUACCAGCAGCAUUUUGCCAUGGCUUUUGGUUUAUCUCAUGGUCUAAUUGUCUUCCUGUCUCUUUUGAAUUAAAUCUUUCUAGAUAUCUUUUACAAUUUUGUUUUAGUGUCACUACAUAAGACUGAUCUUCUCCCUGGCAAGAAAAUGUUUAGUAUAUGCAUUAGUUGCUAUGCUGGUUCCUCGUGAACCAACUGUCUGUAAAAGCACCCACUCUUGCACCCAUUAUGAUCCUCCCAGAUCCUAAGGAGCAGUUUGUUGUCAAGGUUGAUGCUUCUUAUGAAGAGUUAGGGACUGUGUUCCCCCCAGUGCUCUGCAAUCUACCAAAAAGUCCACACAUGUACAUUCUUCCCUGCAACAUACAAUAUCUCUAACAGCAUGCAACUAUUACAUUUGCAACCAGGUACUGCUUGCUAGUUGGCAGUGCUUGAGUGCACAUUAUUUGUAAUAGACUAUACGUACAGUAACAAACUCAAUUCUGCCUGCCUUCGAUUCAACUAAGUUUUCCUGUCUAAAACAACAUUACACCUUCUAAGAAAGGAUGUUUUCAAUGAAUACGGAGGAAACAUUUAACCAUCACUUACUUAUGGGAGGUAACAAAAAAAGAUAGGAUUUUAAAUUAAAAAAGAUAAGCAAAAAACAGGACUGUUGUCACUUUUGAGUGUCCCCUUGAAAUACUUCCAUUGUGUUGGGAGUAUUUGCAGUGCAAUUUCUUUUUUCCGAGCACCUGUUGUCAAAUUGAUGAAAAUGUUUUCUCCGUUGGCAUGUGUUGUGUCUAUCUGCAUGUGCAGUACAUAAAGAAACAGCUUGCAGGACUGUAUCUUUAAUAGGGAAAAUAAAUAUACAGAAAAAGACACGUCACAGUCAAUGUUUUCUCUCCUAGUGUCUUUGUUGCUGCUGGUCUCCCCUGUAGCUGCUGGGAGCCUGGUGCUGCUCCUGCUGGUCCCGGUGGUGAUCUGUCUGGUCCGCAAGAGAAGACCGCAAGCGAUGCCGCCUGGAGUCCCUCAAUUGGCUGUCAGGAAUCACUAUGAAGACCCUGACGAUGAGGUGGAGCAGCUCUAUGUGAACUUUGAACAAGUGAAGGGGCAGUUGGAGCAAGCCAGCGGACUGGUGGAUGCAAAGAUCGCAGUCAGGAUUCACUAUGAAGACCCUGAGGAUGAGGUGGAGCAGCUCGCUGAGAACUUUGAACAAGUGACGUACAAGAAGAGGCAGUGGGAGCAAGCCAGUUCGGUGGAUGAAGAUCAUGAUGACUAUGAGAGAGAAGAACAAUAAAGGCAGUGGUUGUGUACAAAGCCAAGUGACCAGUGCUACUGACCACGAUAAUAAUGUAAACCAGCCCUUUGCUGAAGACUGGCUGGACAUUUAUGGAGAAGACGAAGAUGUUUAUCAAAACAUUUAGUUUUCUACUGCUGAACAAAAGCACAGGGAUUAAUCAACCCACAUACAGUAUUAUGUAUUUCAAAAUAAUGCAAUGUGCUAGUCCUGAACAGGUUUAAGUAAGAUUUUUGAGUGUGCCAUCAAUGGGCAAUAUAGUGCCACAAUGCAGUGUGUAAAAAAACACUUCCAGAAAGAUCUUUAAAAUUAAAAUACGAGGAUAGAAUGUUUAGAUAAGCAUUUAUUUUUUAAUUUCUCUUUGUAAAGUUUAAUCGGUAACUGCGGAUUAUCCAACAUUGCACCUAUGAAAUAACUUCUUGUUUGUAAAAAUCUAUAAGAAUAACACAUUGAUAAUUUUUUCUUUUCACAAUCUACAACAUAACAUUAUGAUACUAUAGAAUAAGUCCAAUUGCCUUUGUAUAUUUCUAGUGUUUCUAGCUUGUGUGCGUGUGUUUUUGUUUGUGUGUGUGUUUUCUCAGCUACUCUCAAAUUUGUUCAGAGUAUUUACACAAGAAGGUAAUGUAGUGGAAAUUUAUCUUGAGAUGUGAAAUAAAGAGUUUCUCAGACCGGA